UUCAGUACGUUCAUUUCAUUUUCUGUUUAGUGUUUCUCUUUCAUUUUCGACGUAGUUUGUGCUUUUCAUCACGUCUGGUGUAUCGAAUUUGAUUUGAAUUGAUCUAAUUGAUGGUUAUGGUUUUUUUUUAAAGUGCAAGACCAUAAAUCAAGUUCAGUGCACUGCUGUGGCCUGGCCGCGUGUGGUAUUUGUAUUCUAUGUUAGCGGUUUGUUGAAGUAUAGGUCUUUUUCAUAGUAUUUCGUCAAGGUACAGUUGAAUUAGUAUUUCGUAUAUCUGCUCGUCUCUCAAUGGCUGUCGUAGUAGAUAGCGAUCAAUACGAAAUGAUUUUUAAUGCAGCAAUAUGUUUGCUAUACAAUGAACCAUUUACGAAACGGUUCAAUAUCCAACCGUAUUGUACAGCAAUGAAUACGGAUUUUGAAGCCGCAACUGAUUACAUUUUUGAUAAAAUGAAAAAAGUGUCUUGCAACGAUCCUCUGCGCAACUUAGGUUGGUGUACGAUGUUUUUCUUUCGGUUUCACGGAUUCGCAAUCGCAAUUGAAAGAAGCGAUGCUUUGAAGGUUGCGAAAACUCAACCUCAGCCGGAUGGUUUUUACCCAGUUGCGAAAAGCGUUUACAAAGACUGUUUCCAGUCGGAUGGUAAAAAAUGUGUGUUUACGAUAGCUUUUAAACGCCAAGAUUAUAAAGUUAAUGUCGAAUUGGUUGGAGACGAAGAGAUCUUUUUAUUCAUCAAGCAUAAUAGUACGCACAGUCGUUUUAGUUCUAAACCAAUGUUGCGAAAUCGUUUUAGUGUCGUGAAUACCGAAGAGACGAAGCAUCAUGUGCGUUGGAUCGUUGAAAAAUACUCGCAGCUUUUUAAAUUACCGAUAACUCGUUCUGCCGAAGAUCAGGCGCCGAAACCUACCGAAUCCAAUUCCAUAUGACGUGGUAAAAUAUUAUUCGAAUUUUCCUAAUCCGCAAGUGCUUGUUUACCUUUAUACGUUCUAGUAUUUUGAGAAUGAUAAUUGUGAUAUUUUUUGUACUUCUAUUUUUAAUCUAUGUUCUCUUUAAUUAUCGUAUUUUGUUUUUGUCUUCGAGGGUCUUUUUAAAAAAAUAGAUUUAUCGUGUUAUAUUUCAACCUUGAGCUUUUCUGUAAUUUCUGUCCAUUCUAGUAUUGUACCGAAGUCUUUUGAGGAUGAUAAUUGUGAUAUUUUUUGUACUUCUACUUUUAAUCAAUGUUCUCUUUAAUUAUCAUAUUUUGUUUUUGUCUUCGAGGGUCUUUUUAAAAUAAUAGAUUCCAUCGUGUUAUAUUUCAACCUUGAGCUUUUCUGUAAUUUCUGUCCAUUCUAGUAUUGUACCGAAAGUCAAAGUUCGCGUAUAGCCAUGUCAUGUUCCACGUUAUGAUAAGUUCGGCCAUUCGUAGAAUAGCUUUCAUCUUAUUCCUUUUUCGUAGCAUUUAUUUUUAAGUCUGAUUUUCAUCGGUUUCGUAUUAUUAAGGUUUCGUUUUUCGUCGGUAUUAUGAUUAUCCUAUUUUUCUCUCGAUUUAUUAUUUUUUUAAAAAAAUGAUUUUCUAUUAUUUAUCGUAAUACCUAUUUAAGAUGUAGGCAUCGUUCCUCUUUUUUUUCAAUCUCAAUAAAUCAUUUAUUUUUCGUGGAAA